UCUCGCCGCGCCGAGAAGACCCGCCAGGCGCGCAGCGAGGUUCCGCCUCACCUUUCAAAGGCCCUAUGCUGGUCGGGCUUCUCUCCACCACCCACCCUCUGACGGCCUGCCCCCGCCUCCAGCCGUUCAGCUAUAUGUCUGCGCGUGCGCGCACCGUGACUCAAGUGGAAGCCGAGAGCGGCGAGUGGAACUCCCAGAACUGUGAAGACUCAUGGACGAAGAAGCCCAGGAGAGGAAAGAACAGGAGUCAGGCAUGGCUGUUUCUCAGGCACAGUUGACCUUCAAGGAUCUGUUCAUAGAUUUCACUCCCAAGGAGUGGGAAUGCCUGGACCCUGCCCAGAGGACCUUGUACAAGGACGUGAUGGUGGAGAUCCUCAGGAACCUGCUGUGUGUAGAUAUGUCUCAUAUAGAUAAGAUCAAGAAAUUACAGGCAAAAGUAAACAGUGGUAAAGGGGAGAUUUUUCAAAGAGUGAUGUUUGGAAGAGAUGAAAGCCUUGAAAUCAAAGAUUUUCACCUGAGGGACAUCCAGGAAAAUAUACAUGACUUUGAUUGUCUGUGGACAGAUGAUGAAAGAAAUGACAAACAAAUGUCUACAUCCCAUAACAAAAACCUCACUGAUGGAAGACAUCAUCCUAGUAGAAGUGAUGUAGGAAAGAGACCUUUUGAGAGGCACGGAUCAAGCUUUCAGAAUGAAUUGCAGGUGGUACAAUCUGAAGGGAUAAUUUCUGAAUGUAGUCAAGUUGUGACAAAUGUCAGGGCCACAGGUUUACCACCUCAGAGAACUCAUAAUGUCUGCAAAGGCUUUUCUCAUAAACAUGAGGAUGCUGUUAUGCAUCCUUCAGAACUGUUACCAGACCAUGAAACACAAAAGAAAAGACCUUACAAAUGUAAUGAGUGUGACAUAACCUUUCUUCAGGACUCAGAACUCACUGGACAUCAAAGAAUCCAUAUAGGAGGAAAACCAUAUAAAUGCAAUGUGUGUGGCAAGGCUUUUAAUCAAACUACAAAACUUGCAAUUCAUUGGAGAAUUCAUACUGGAGAGAAACCACAUAAAUGUGAUGUAUGUGGCAAGACUUUUAUUCAAAUUGGAAACCUUGCAGUUAGUCAGAAAAUUCAUACUGGAGAGAAACCAUAUAAAUGUGGUGUGUGUGAUCACUGCUUUCAACAAAGUACACACCUUGAAAAUCAUCAGAGAAUUCAUACCGGAGUGAAACCAUAUAAAUGUGAUGCUUCUGGAAAGGACUUUAGUCAAACUGCAAGCCUUGCACUUCAUCAGAGAAUUCAUUCUGGAGAGAAGCCAUACAAAUGCAAUGUAUGUGACAAGGCGUUUCGUCAUACUGGAAGCCUUACUGUUCAUCAGAGACUUCAUACUGGAGUGAAACCAUAUAAAUGUGAUGUGUGUGGCAGGACUUUUAGAGUAAAUUCACACCUUGCUGUUCAUUUGCGAGUACAUACUGGAGAGAAACAAUAUAAAUGUGAUGUAUGUGGCAAGGCCUUUAAUGAAGCUGCAAAGGUUGCAGUUCAUCAGAGAUUCCAUAUGGGAGAGAAACCAUAUAAAUGUGAUAUAUGUGGCAGAGCCUUUAGUCAAACUGCAAACCUUGCAGUUCAUCGGAGAAUUCAUACUGGAGAGAAGCCAUAUAAAUGUGAUGUGUGUGGCAAGGUGUUUACUCGUACUGGACAUCUUGCUGUUCAUCAGAGAGUUCAUACUGGAGAGAAGCCAUAUAAAUGUCAGGUAUGUGGCAAGUCCUUUAGUUCAAAUUCAAGCCUUGCAGUUCAUUGGAGAAUUCAUACUGGAGAGACACCAUAUAAAUGUGAUGUGUGUGGCAAGGCGUUUACUCAUAGUGGAGAUCUUGCUGUUCAUCAGAGAGUUCAUACUGGAGAGAAACCAUAUAAAUGUGAUGUAUGUGGCAAAGGCUUUAGUGAAACUUCAAGCCUUGCAGUUCACCGGAGAGUUCAUACUGGAGAGAAGCCAUAUAAAUGUCAUGUAUGUGGCAAGUCCUUUACUUCAAAUUCAAACCUUGUAGUUCAUUGGAGAAUUCAUACUGGAGAGAAACCAUAUAAAUGUGAUGUAUGUGGCAAGGCUUUUAAUCAGUCUCCACAUCUUGCAGUUCAUCAGAGAAUUCAUACUGGAGAGAAACCAUACAAAUGUGAUGCAUGUGGCAAAGUCUUUAGUGAAACUUCAAGGCUUGCAAUUCAUCAGAGAAUUCAUACUGGAGAGACACCAUAUAAAUGUGAUGUGUGUGGCAAGGCGUUUGCUCAUACUGGACAUCUUGCUGUUCAUCAGAGAGUUCAUACUGGAGAGAAACCAUAUAAAUGUGAUGUAUGUGGCAAAGGCUUUAGGGAAACUUCAAGCCUUGCAGUUCAUCGGAGAGUUCAUACUGGAGAGAAGCCAUAUAAAUGUCAUGUAUGUGGCAAGGCCUUUAAUCAGUCUACACAUUUUGCAGUUCAUCAGAGAAUUCAUACUGGAGAGAAACCGUAUAAAUGUGAUGUAUGUGGCAAAGGCUUUAGUGAAAGUUCAAGCCUUGCAGUUCAUCAGAGAGUUCAUACUGGAGAGAAGCCAUAUAAAUGUCAUGUAUGUGGCAAGUCCUUUAGUUCACAUUCAAGCCUUGCAGUUCAUCGGAGAAUUCAUACUGGAGAGAAACCACAUAAAUGUGAUGUAUGUGGCAAAGGCUUUAGUAUAACCUCAAGCCUUGCAGUUCAUCGGAGAAUUCAUACGGGAGAGAAGCCAUAUAAAUGUGAUGUGUGUGGCAAGGCGUUUACUCGUCCUGGACAUCUUGCUGAUCAUCAGAGAGUUCAUACUGGAGAGAAACCAUAUAAAUGCUAUGUAUGUGGCAAAGGCUUUAGCAUAACUUCAAGCCUUGCAGCUCAUCGGAGAAUUCAUACUGGAGAGAAGCCAUAUAAAUGUGAUGUGUGUGGCAAGGUGUUUACUCGUACUGGACAUCUUGCUGUUCAUCAGAGAGUUCAUACUGGAGAGAAAUCUUAAAAAUGUGAUGUGUGGCGGCAAGGACUUUAAUCAGACUGCAAAACUUGUUCUUCAUCGGAGAAUUCAUACUGGAGAGAAACCAUAUAUAUGUGAUGUAUGUGGCAAGGCGUUUGUACUGUUAACCUUGGUAUUCAUCAGAGAGUUCAUACGGGAGAGAAACCAGAUAAGUGAGGUAUAUGUGGCAGGGCUUUCAGUGUGAAUGCAAACUUUGCAGUUCAUCAGAGAAUUCAUACUGGAGAGAACCUUAGAAAUAUAAGAAUUGUGACAAACCAUUUAGGCACAGUCAUCCAUAACAUCAUCAGGCAGUUCAGACAGGAGAGAAACCAUGUAAAUAUGAUAUAUAUGGCCGGUGCUUUACUUACUGAUGAACUUAGAAUCCAUUGGAGAAUUCAUACUAAAGAGAAACAUUAGAAAUGUGACAGUUGUGAGAAACAUUUUAUUAAAAAAAAUUUUUGUUGUUAGUAUAUAUUACUACAGUUUAUUAAAUAAUGACACAAGAUUUAUGCCACAUUUUCCAACAGUGUUUAAAUAAAGAGUUCAAAAUAUAAA